AUGUCCAGAGAUAGAAACUUUAGAAUUGUACUCCUAAAUUGUGCUUCUUACUCUGACCCGCGCUCCAUACUCAUUGACCCGUGUCUGAGUGAGCAAACAGCGAAGCCUGACAAAUAUAAACUUGUCUUCCUGUUGUCAACUCAGAACCAACAGAUGCGGGGGCCAUCCCUGAAGUUAGAAGCAACAUUCCCUGAGGUAGAAGAAGCUUUCUUGGAGCCAGAGGAGAGAGCGCAAAUGCAGGAACAUGUCCAAGAUGCCCUCUCCUUUGGAGAGGACAAUCAGAGGAAUAAGGAAGGCGAGGAACUUCAUCCACAAUUACCAGAUACAUUUAAUAAUGAAGACUUGAAAAGAAACAUCAAGAAUCAAGGCAGACCUAAGGGAGAGAGAGUCAGUCAUUUGGUUGAGUGUGGGAAAAGAUUAAGAUAUAGUCACAGUCUUCGUUAUCAUAAAAGAACCCAUACAGGGGAGAAACCGUUUGAAUGCUCAGAGUGUGGAAAGAGAUUCACUCAUAGUGGCAGUCUUAAAGUGCAUAAAAGAACCCACACAGGGGAGAAACCAUUUGAAUGCACAGAGUGUGGAAAGAGAUUCAGUAGGAGUUGCUAUCUUCAAUAUCAUCAAAGUACCCAUACGGGGGACAAACCUUUUGAAUGCUUGGAGUGUGGGAAGAGAUUCAGUCAAAGUAGCAAUCUUCAAGAGCAUAAAAGAAGCCACUCAAGGGAGAAACCAUAUGAAUGCUCAGAGUGUGGAAAGAAAUUCAGUACACGUCGCCAACUUCAAGUGCAUCAACAAAAUCACACAGGAGAGAAACCGUUCGAAUGCUCGGAGUGUGGAAAGAGAUUCAGUACACGUAGCCAUCUUCAAGUACAUCAAAGAAAUCACACAGGGGAGAAACCAUUUGAAUGCUCAGAAUGUGGAAAGAGAUUCAGUACACGUAGCCAUCUUCAGUAUCAUCAAAGAACCCACACAGGGGAGAAACCUUUUCAGUGUUCAGAAUGUGGGAAGAGAUACAGUCAGAGUAGCCAUCUUCAAGACCAUAAAAGAACUCACACAAAUGAGGAACCCUUUGAAUGCUCAGACUGUGGGAAGAGAUUCAGUACGAGUUCCUAUCUUCAGCUGCAUAAAAGAACCCACACAGGGGAGAAACCUUUUGAAUGCUCAGAGUGUGGGAAGAGAUUCUAUACAAGUAGCAGUUUUAAACAGCAUAAAAGAACCCACACAUGGGCAAAAGCAUUUGAAUGCUCAGAUUGUGGAAAGAGGUUCAGUACAAGUUCCUAUCUUCAGCUGCAUAAAAGAACCCACACAGGGGAGAAACCAUUUGAAUGUUCAGAGUGUGGAAAGACAUUCACUACGAGUAGCUAUCUUCACUAUCACCUAAGAACCCACACAGGGGAGAAACCUUUUGAAUGCUCAGAGUGUGGAAAGAGAUUCAAUCGGAGUAGCCAUCUUCAAGAGCAUAAGACAACCCACAGAAAAGAGAAACCUUUUGAAUGCUCAGAGUGUGGGAAAAAAUUCACUACAAGUCGUUAUCUUCAUCAGGCCAAUCUUUAUCGGCAUAAAAAGACCCACACUGGGGAAAAGCCUUUUGAAUGCUCAGAUUGUGGAAAGAGAUUUGGGCAGAAUAGAUAUCUUCGAGACCAUAAAAGAAUCCACACAGGGGAGAAACCUUUUGAAUGUUCAGAGUGUGGAAAGAGAUUCAAUCAGUGUAGCCAUCUUAAUGAGCAUAAAAAAACCCACACAAGACAGAAAUCUUUUGAAUGCUCAUGGUGUGGAAAGAGAUUUGUUAUGAAACGCUAUCUUGAUUUGCAUAAAAGAACCCACACAGGAGAGAAACCAUUCAAAUGCUCAGAGUGUGGAAAGGGAUUCAAUCGGAGUGCCAGUCUUCAAGAGCAUCAAAAAACCCACACAGAGGAGAAACCGACUGAAUGCUCAAUUUGGAAAGAGAUUCAGUAA